AUGAAAUAUGAGAGUAUCAUCUCCAACAGUGAUCGGAAAUCUAAGGGACCUCCUGCUGUCUACCAGCUGAGACCAAAGAAAGAAAUGAUUGGAACUUUGACAAGAAUGACUGUUGGAGAAAAAAAUCUAAUCAAGACAAACAGAACCAUCUUACUGGUGGGAGAAACAGGAGCAGGAAAAUCUACUCUGAUCAACGCUCUGCUCAACUACACCAUGGGAGUGAAGUGGGAGGAUGAAGUCUGGUUUAUGAUCACAGAGGAGGAGAGAAGAAGUCAGACAUCAGAUGUGAUCGUGUACGAGAUCUUUGGUUUUGAAGAUGUAACUCUGCCCUACUCUCUGACCAUCAUCAAUACUCCUGGAUAUGGAGACACCAGAGGGACUGAACGUGAUGACAUCAUCAGUCACAGAUUAUUGGACCUGUUUCAAUCAGAUGAUGGAGUCCAUGAAGUUCAUGCUGUGGGUUUGGUCAUGAAGGCGAGUGAAAAUCGACUGGGUGACCGACUGCUGUAUGUCUUUGAUUCAGUGAUGUCUCUGUUUGGAAAGAACUUGGAGAAAAACAUUGUAGCUCUGAUCACACACUCAGAUGGAAGCAGGCCUAAAAACCCUCUUAAAGCUCUUGAAGCUGCAGAAAUUAAAUGUGCCAAAAAUAAGCAGAAUCACCCAUCCUACUUCCUGUUUAAUAACUGCGAGCUUGAAGAUGAGGAAGAAGAAUUUCUAAAACAAAACUUUGAAAGAUCAGAGAGAGGAAUGAAAGAGUUCACCGACUUCCUGAGAGAAACUACACCUCUAAAGCCAGAGACAACUCCUGAAGUGUUAAAAGAAAGUAUCAGACUGACAGCCUGCAUCCAAAACUUGCAAGAAAGAAUCAGAUUCACUGAAGUGAAACAGAGAGAGAUGAAACAGACUCGGGAAGCUCUGCAGAAGAAUGAAGUGGUCACUCCAUGUGUUGUUUUUAAACAUAAAGAACCUAUCAGAGCAGAGAUGUGUGGGCUGGGUUUGAAAGCAGCUGUCAGCUGUACAGUCUGUGAGGAGAACUGUCACUAUCCUGGAUGCACGGUGCCCUUAAAUCACUGUGAGGUCUUUAUAGAUGGUCUCUGCACGUCAUGCACCAACAAGUGUCCUGCAUCAGUCCAUGUGAAAGGAAAGUGGAGAUAUGUGGCCAGGAUAAGGAGCGGUCAGGAGAAUGAACCACCAACAAAAGAGAAGGAUGUUGAUUUACUUGGAAAGGAAAUGAACCGACUGACAGCUGAGAAGGAAAAGUGGCUCAAUGAGUCCUACCAACAUGUUGUCAGACUGGAGCAGAUCGCUCUGAAAGCUGAUUCAGCAUCCACUACUGUCCACUUGGACUUCCUGAUUGAGAAGAUGAAGGAGAAAGGAGACACAGAGAAGGUCCAGAAACUGGAGGAGAUGAGAUGGAGAGAGGAUAGAGGAACCAAAGAAGCACAGAG